GGGGGUGCCGUCUUUGGUUGACCAGCGUACCGUUCUGCUAUGGAAUAGUGAUUCGCAAAAUAAAAACCUCACUUGUUUUUGCCACCUAACCCCUCCUUAAACUACAAACUCGGUGACAGAGAAGAUCCGGGGUUGAUCGAGCACCAUGUCUGACAUAGUCAACGAUGCUUUGAAGAAAUAUCUCCUUCAGCUUCAACUCCAUCCUCUCAGAACAAAGGCAAUUACUGCAGCAGUUCUAUCUGGUUUUAGUGAUGGAGUGGCACAGAAGCUUGCUGGGGCCAAGAAGCUUCAGUUGAGAAGAUUGCUUCUUUUCAUGCUGUAUGGUUUCGCCUACGCAGGACCCUUUGGACAUUUUCUCCACAAAUUGAUGGAUAAAAUCUUUAAGGGGAAGAAAGGCAAUGAAACUAUUGCUAAGAAGGUGAUCCUUGAACAGAUAACUAGUUCCCCAUGGAACAACUUUUUCUUCAUGAUGUACUAUGGCUUGGUUAUAGAAGGGAGACCUUGGAGUACAGUCAUGAACAAAGUUCAAAAGGACUACCCUUCUGUUCAGUUGACUGCAUGGAAGUUUUGGCCUAUCGUUGGUUGGGUGAAUUACCAGUAUAUGCCUUUGCAAUUCCGUGUUAUAUUUCACAGUUUUGUUGCUUCAUGCUGGGGAAUCUUUCUGAAUCUGAAAGCAAGGUCCGUUACAGUUAAGAAGGCCUUGGACUGAACAGAGCCUUCACUUUUUCACAAUUGUGGGUAGUUUUCGGUUUCCUACCUAUUUUAACUGGGAUGGGAAACCUCCCUUGUUUUAGUUAUUAGAGGAGCAUUCAUGAUAAUUUGUUUUGCCCUAUUGAACUAUUCUUACUUCUCAUUUUCCUUUGGUUGCUAUGACUUAGUUGCACUUCUUACUCAUAUCAAAUGGUUGUAUGGAAUAUAUAUAUAUAUAUAUAGUGUGGGUACAAUCAUAAAUUAAACACAUGGUGU